CCGCGCUGUGUUUUUUCACUCCGCUUCUUUUUUCCCGCCGUCUGACGACCGAGCUCUGCAGUGAUGAUGGAGGUGAUGGAAUUGCCCAAGGCGCGCAUCAACGCCAGCAUGCUAGCUCAGUUCAUCGACCGGCCUGUUUGCUUCGUAGGGAGGCUGGAAAAGAUUCAUCCCUCUGGAAAAAUGUUUAUUCUCUCAGAUGGAGAGGGGAAAAGUGCAACUAUUGAGUUGAUGGAACCUCUUGAUGAAGAAAUCACUGGAACUAUAGAAGUAGUUGGAAGAGUAACAGCCAAGGCAACCAUUAUGUGUGCGUCUUAUGUCCAGUUUAAAGAAGACAUCCAGCCUUUUGAUCUUGGACUUUACAAUGACGCUGUGAAAAUUAUCCAUGAAUUCCCUCAGUUUUUUCCUUUGGGGGUUGUUCAAACUGAUUGACCUUGCUUGCAAAUGAGCUACACUGAAGACUCUUAGGAGCCUGUAUUUGAGGGAGAGAUUCCUGUUGUUUUUAAUAUUUAUUAUGUUCUCUUUAAUUUCAUUUACUACCUUUAUUAGAUAUUCCAGUAUGCCAUUUGUAAUGGAACUGGUAUGUUGACAGUUCUCACCUACAUCCUCAUAAAGAAUUGCGUCUUUGCCCUAUGGUCAGAUCAGAAGCCAAAACAAAGCAGUUGUUUGAGUUUAGUUUUCUAUUUUGUUAAUAAAAGUUCGAACGGUACAUACUAUUUGUCAUGUUAUUUUUUUGA